AUACCGCGUAUGUGUGCCAUAUGUGUGCCAGAGUUUCCCCAUUCCAAUCAGAACGAACACACACACUGACGGAGGCGGUGCGACAAGGAGUCCCCGUCGAAUUUGAAAUUCCUUGCCUUCAGUUGGAUUCCGAACGUUUAUGCGCGACACGCGAAACGGAAACGCAGCGUAUGAAGCGAGCGAAACGCGAUUUUGCCGUCGCCAAAAACGAAAAAUAGGAGUGAUCUAUAACAGCUAUCAUCCAUCGAUUGAAAACUGGAAAACUCACCGUUUUUAAUAGCCCGCAUUUUGAUUAAUUGAGCGGGUUUCGGUUCUCGCAUCCGCUGUUUCAUUGGCCAUCUUUGGCUAACUCAAUAGCUGCCGAAAGCAAUAGUGUAUCUGUGAGUGAUCUGUGAUCUUUGCCUUUUUUGUUCGUACCCAUCAAAAGUUUGUGGAUUUCGUGUGAUUUGUGGCGCUUUUAUUUGGACUUCAGCAUUCAAAAUCAAAUCAAACCGCGCACACAUAACAAAAACUCACAAAACGUUUGCUGUGAAAACAAUAAAUGCGAUUUAAAAGCAGUUUACAUUUCUGUUUAACCGCCCAACAAAAAGGCCAUUAAGUGCCAUAACUGCCAAUUGGCAUACGAAUCUUGAUUAGCAUAAAUCACACAAAGCCUUUGGAGAUACGCAGACGAAUCAAACGGACAGAAAAUACAGAUAGUCUCUGUUUAUACAAAACUAUUCCACCUCGGAUCAGCAGUCGACACGCGACUAUCCUCACUUCAGCGGCGAUUAUCAGAACGUGACGCUGCCGGUGGCCUCUGCUUCCACAUCCGCAUCCGCAUCCGCCUCCGCCUCCGCUUCUGCAACCCACGCCGCCGCCGUAAAGAUGUACCACAGCAGCGCCGUUGCGGCAUACACAGAUCUGGCUGCCGCCGGGAGUGCGGCUAGCGCCGGAGUCGGAGUCGGGGUGUCCGGCUAUCACCAGCAGGCGGUGAACGCUCCGGUUUACGUGCCAUCCAACCGACAGUACAACCACGUGGCCGCGCAUUUCGGAAGCGCUGCGGCGCAGAAUGCCUGGACCACGGAGGGAUUUGGAUCGGCCCAUGCACAGUUCUACCCUCCAAACGCCGCCGUGAUGAUGGGCUCGUGGCGCAGUGCCUACGAUCCGUCGGGAUUCCAGCGAUCCUCGCCCUACGAGAGCGCCAUGGACUUCCAGUUCGGCGAAGGACGCGAGUGCGUCAAUUGCGGCGCCAUUUCCACUCCUUUGUGGCGGCGGGAUGGAACCGGACACUACCUGUGCAACGCCUGCGGACUGUACCACAAGAUGAACGGAAUGAACCGGCCGCUGAUCAAGCCUAGCAAGCGCCUGGUGAGUGCAACUGCCACCAGGAGGAUGGGCCUGUGCUGCACCAACUGCGGCACCCGAACCACCACACUGUGGAGGCGCAACAACGAUGGCGAACCCGUGUGCAAUGCCUGCGGAUUGUACUACAAAUUGCACGGUGUGAACAGACCGCUGGCCAUGAGGAAGGAUGGCAUCCAGACCAGGAAGCGAAAGCCCAAGAAAACAGGCAGUGGUUCUGCGGGAGGAGCGGGCACGGGAUCCGGAACAAGCUCCACCUUGGAGGCCAUCAAGGAGUGCAAGGAGGAGCAUGAUCUCAAACCCUCGCUCAGCUUGGAGCGCCACAGCCUCGGUAAGCUGCACACGGAUAUAAAGAGCAGCACCAGCAGCAGUAGCACCUUGAUGGGACAUCACAACACGCAGCAGCAGCAGCAGCAACAGCAGCAACAACAGCAACAGCAGCAGCAGCAAUCGGCACACCAGCAAUGCUUUCCCCUCUACGGACAGGCGACGACGCAGCAGCAGCACCAGCAACAUGGCCACAGCAUGACUCCAUCCUCUGGACAGGCACAGUUAAGUGCCCGCCAGCUUCACGGAGCGGCAGGAACGCAGCUCUACACGCCCGGCAGCAGUUCCGGCGGAGGCAGUGCGUCUGCCUACACAUCGCACAGUGCGGAGACGCCGGCCCUGAGCAACGGAACUCCCUCGCCCCACUACCAGCACCACCACCACCUCGGCGGAUCCCAUGGACACCAUGUGACGGCAGCGGCGGCACAUCACCAUUUCCAUGCCGCCGCCGCUGUCGCCGCUUACGGAGUGAAGACGGAGGCGAGUGCCACCAACUACGACUAUGUGAACAACUGCUAUUUCGGCGGCACCUUCGGUGCGCUCGGAGGAGCUGCAUCCACAACGGCCAUGGCAGGCGGAGCGGCCAGUGAACUGGCAGGCUACCAUCACCAGCACAACGUCAUCCAGGCAGCCAAGCUGAUGGCCACCUCGUAAGGCUAGAACUUUGGGCUCCGGACACUGGCUCUGUGAUGUGAUCUCCUUCCUUCUCCAAAACUGCACCCACACUUAAAGCCUUCCUUGGAAUCAUGGCAUUGAAAAGACUUUAGACAUUAGGACUACUCGGUCUCGGUCUCGGUUUUGUUUAAUUAAGUUUAGCUAAUUGUGUUCCCUAUCUGCAACGUAUUUUGGGAAUAAGAUUGAUUCUAAGUACCAUUAACUAGCUAAAUUUAAUUGAAUUCCGAGUCGCAAAUAGGCCCUUUCUUAGUUAAGAGCUGCCAGAAUGGCACUUAGUUUGUAUUCUUUGUAAAUAACUAAUAGCAAUUCUUGUUGUACAAAUCUACGUCUAUAUGUAUGUGCUUAUCCAUCAAGUUUUAUGUGUGUACAGAUAUUGAUUAUCGCUUCGCUUGUAAUGUAUAAUGUAGUUUCAUUUAGGUCCUUACAUAAUCUCUUGUUCAAGUAGCUUAAAUAUUUUAUGUGUUUUCCGCACUUCCCCACCAAACCCACUUAAUAGAACAUUUAGAAGUCUAGAAUUAAUAUCAUAGCUCUGCUCCAUUCAAUAUGAACGCUAAAUAAAGAUUGUAUUAAAAUAAA